AGGCGUUCUCUCUCUCUCUCUCUCUCUCUCGAGCGUGCGCGCUCUGUAUUUCCGGAGGAUGCUGUUGCGGCUGCUGUUCUGACGGGACUCACACUCCAAACAAGCUGAACUCUAUUUCACACACACACACACACACACACACUGAGGACCGAGCAAAGAAAACACACACACACACUACACACACACGCAUACCUCGCUCAGGAGCUGCGCGCGCGUUUAUCCAAACGAGUGGCGUUACGGCACAGAGCAGCAUCACCAUGCAAGACACAGAGGUGAGUGUGUGUGAACUGCAGCCCAACAUCAUCUCCGUGCGCCUGUUCAAGCGGAGAGUGGGUGGUCUGGGAUUCCUGGUGAAGCAGCGCGUGUGCAAACCCCCCGUCAUCAUCUCAGAUCUAAUCCGGGGUGGCGCGGCUGAGGAGUGUGGCCUGGUCCAGGUGGGUGACAUCGUACUUGCUGUCAACAACAAGCCACUGGUGGACAUGAGCUAUGAGCGUGCACUGGAGACGCUGAAGAACGUCUCACCCGAGAGCCAUGCCGUCCUCAUCCUGCGCGGCCCCGAGGGCUUCAGUACACAUCUGGAGACCACGCUGAGUGGAGACGGACGGCCACGGACAGUGCGUGUCACCAAGCCGGUGUCAGCCCGGGCGUGUCAGCGCUGCACACCCAAGGAGCUGAGGGCCAUUGAGAACCUGGCGUCAUCGUCCUCCACUUCAUCCUCUUCCACCUUCUCGUCUAUGGCACGUAAGGAGACCAAAAGUUUGAUCCCGCUGAGCGGACCGGACGCGUUGCUUAAUGGUGUGGAGGAAAGCAACGAGCUGCUGAAGGAGAUCGAGCCCGUGCUUAAGCUGAUCAAGAACAACAGCAAGAGGGAUGUGAAUGGAGAGGGACAGAGGGGUGUGGAGAAGAGGGACGCUGAAGUGCAGGUGGAAAGAGACCUUGGUGUGGGAAUAAACAACAAUGUUCAGCUGGCCUCCGAUAACGACAGAGUGUUUGAUGACCUCUGGAGGAAGGACAACAUGCCCACGGUGUUCAACAAUCCGUACUCAGAAAGUGACAAGCCACCGUCCCAAGGCAGAGCGUCUCCCACUAAGACCCCACAAAAUGGGAGUCCAACAAAAUGUCCCAGGUUCAUGAAGAUAAAGAAUUGGGAGAGUGGGUUGGUGUACAAUGAUACACUCCAUCACAGCUGCAGCAAGGCACCAAUUUGCAAUGAAAGAGUGUGUAUAGGCUCAGUGAUGACGCCAAACAUGAGAAGUAAACCAGAUGAAGUUCAAACCAAAGAUGAGCUCUUACCACUGGCUACAGACUUUAUCAACCAGUACUACACCUCAAUAAAAAGGUGUGGAUCCAAAGCACAUGAGGACAGAUUGGAGGAAGUGAAGAAGGAGAUUGAAACUUCUGGAACAUACCAGCUUAAAGACACAGAGCUAAUCUAUGGCGCCAAGCAUGCUUGGAGGAACGCUGCUCGCUGCGUAGGGAGGAUCCAGUGGUCCAAACUACAGGUGUUCGAUGCUCGAGACUGCACAACAGCACAUGGAAUGUUUAAUUACAUCUGCAAUCACAUCAAAUAUGCCACUAACAAAGGCAACCUCAGGUCAGCUAUCACCAUUUUUCCCCAGAGGACAGAUGGGAAACAUGAUUUCCGAGUGUGGAAUAGCCAACUGAUCCGUUACGCCGGCUACAAGCAGCCUGAUGGCUCUGUUCUGGGAGAUCCUGCUUCCCUGGAGCUCACUGAGAUCUGUAUACAGCAGGGAUGGAAAGCGCCCAGAGGCCGGUUUGAUGUCUUGCCCCUUUUGCUUCAAGCAAAUGGCAAUGAUCCGGAGCUGUUUGAGAUCCCUGACGAUCUCGUGCUGGAAGUCAACAUCACACACCCAAAGUUCGAAUGGUUCAAGGAGCUGAAUCUGAAGUGGUACGGCUUGCCUGCUGUGUCGAACAUGCUGUUAGAGAUCGGAGGCUUGGAGUUCCCUGCCUGCCCCUUCAGUGGGUGGUACAUGGGUACCGAAAUCGGCGUUCGGGACUUCUGUGACAGCUCACGCUAUAACAUCUUAGAGGAAGUAGCCACCAUGAUGGGGUUGGACACCAGGAAGACAUCCUCUCUGUGGAAAGACCAGGCACUGGUGGAAAUCAAUAUUGCUGUUCUCUACAGUUUCCAGAUGUCCAAGGUGACCAUUGUGGACCAUCACUCAGCCACAGAGUCCUUCAUGAAGCACAUGGAGAACGAGUACCGGGUAAGAGGUGGAUGUCCAGGUGACUGGGUGUGGAUCGUUCCUCCAAUGUCAGGCAGCAUAACGCCGGUCUUCCACCAGGAGAUGCUCAACUACCGCCUCACACCUUCCUUUGAAUACCAGACUGACCCCUGGAACACUCAUGUGUGGAAAGGAGUGAAUGGAACUCCCACCAAGAAAAGAGCGAUCGGCUUUAAGAAACUCGCCAAGGCUGUGAAAUUCUCGGCUAAGCUGAUGGGUCAGGCCAUGGCAAAGCGAGUCAAGGCCACCAUAUUGUUCGCCACCGAGACGGGGAAAUCGCAAGACUACGCAAAGACUCUGUGUGAGAUCUUCAAGCAUGCUUUUGAUGCGAAGGUCAUGUCAAUGGAAGAGUACGACGUUGUACACUUGGAGCACGAGACGUUGGUUUUGGCGGUCACCAGUACGUUUGGUAACGGAGACCCGCCUGAGAACGGAGAGAAAUUUGGUGCGGCAUUGAUGGAGAUGAGACACCCAACAACCAGCACAGAGAGAAAGAGCUACAAAGUGCGCUUCAACAGCGUCUCUUCAUACUCAGACACUCGGAAGUCCUCCAGUGAUGAACCUGAGCAUAAAGCCCACUUUGAGAGCACAGGACCACUCGCUAACGUCAGGUUCUCUGUGUUUGGCCUUGGCUCGCGGGCCUACCCACACUUCUGUGCGUUUGCCCACGCUGUGGACACGCUGUUCGAGGAGCUCGGAGGAGAGCGCAUACUCCGCAUGGGCGAGGGAGAUGAACUGUGUGGCCAAGAGGAGGCCUUUAGAACCUGGGCCAAGAAAGUCUUCAAGGCUGCCUGUGACGUGUUUUGUGUCGGCGACGACGUGAACAUUGAGAAGGCGAAUGAUUCAUUGAUUACUAACGACCGCAGCUGGAAAAAGAGCAAAUUCCGCAUGACAUACACAGCCGAAGCACCAACACUAACGCAAGCUCUUUACACCGUUCACAAGAAGAAGGUUUACGCUGCCAAGUUCCUCAUGAGACAGAAUCUUCAGAGUGUCAAGUCAAAUCGAUCUACUAUAUACGUCCAGCUCCAUGCCAACAACCACGAGAGUCUCAAAUAUCUGCCUGGAGACCAUUUGGGCAUCUUCCCUGGCAACAAGGAAGACCUGGUGAUGGCUCUGAUCGACAAACUAGAGGAUGCGCCUCCUGUCAAUCAAAUCGUGAGGGUUGAGUUUCUGGAGGAGAGGAACACAGCACUGGGAGUGAUCAGUAACUGGACGGACGAGAGUCGGAUUCCUCCGUGCACCAUUUAUCAAGCGUUUAAAUACUUUCUGGACAUCACGACCCCUCCGAGCCCUUUGCUUCUGCAACAGUUCGCUCCUUUAGCCACCAACGAGAAACAGAGGAAAAGACUCGAGGUGCUCAGUAAGGGUCUCCAGGAGUAUGAAGAGUGGAAAUGGUACAAUAACCCGACCAUGGUGGAGGUAUUAGAGGAGUUUCCAUCUCUGCAGGUGCCCUGUACACUUCUCCUUACCCAGCUGCCCCUGCUGCAGCCACGCUACUACUCCAUCAGCUCUUCACCAGACCUCCACCCGGGCGAGAUCCACCUCACCGUGGCUGUUGUCUCCUACCGCACUCGGGACGGAGCCGGGCCCAUACACCACGGAGUGUGUUCUUCCUGGCUCAACAGCUUGGAGAUGGACGAAAUGGUCCCGUGCUUUGUCAGAGGAGCCCCAACCUUCCGCAUGCCAAAGGACAGCAAAGUCCCAUGCAUCCUUAUUGGACCAGGAACAGGCAUCGCUCCAUUCAGAAGCUUCUGGCAACAGAGACUUUAUGACCUUGAAAAUAAAGGCAUCAAGUCUUGUCCAAUGGUCCUGGUGUUCGGGUGUCGACAGUCGCAAAUGGACCACAUCUACAAGGAGGAGACCAUCCAGGCCAAGAACAAGGAAGUAUUUCAAGAACUCUAUACUGCAUACUCACGAGAGCCUGGAAGACCAAAGAAAUAUGUUCAGGAUGUCCUUCGUGAGCAGUUGUCUGAGAUGGUGUAUCGAUGUUUGAAAGAGGAAGGGGGACACAUUUAUGUGUGUGGGGACGUGACCAUGGCUGGAGAUGUGCUGAAGACCAUCCAGCAGAUCAUCAAACUACAUGGCAACAUACCUCUGGAGGAUGCUGGGUUCUACAUCAGCAAACUGAGGGAUGAAAAUCGUUAUCAUGAAGACAUUUUUGGCGUUACUCUGCGUACUUAUGAGGUGACGAACCGGCUGAGGUCAGAGUCCAUCGCGUACAUCGAAGAGAGCAAGAAAGACUCAGAUGAGGUGUUUUGUUCAUAAAGCCUCGUUUUGUUACCGGAUUUCCGGAUUUCAGGAGCGACAAUGAAACCCAAAAAAACAACUGCUACUUAAGAAAACUGUGCCAAGUUUGUCUUUUUUUUUUUUUUUUAGUUCUUAUGUUUUCACUCUUUGGUAGUUUUUACUGCAUUUGUGUGGUCGGAAUCAGUUCUCACAAUACUGAUUACUUUUUUUUUCUUUCUCUGUUGGAAAUUUUUUCCAGAAUGCACUUUUUAUCUCAUGUAUGAUGUACAUGUAUUUUUAUUUUGUUUUUCUUUAUGAAUAAGCUGUGCACUGAAAUUCAAUCUGCCUAUCGUGGAUGCAUGACCAAGACCCCUGACGUCAAGUCCUGAUAUAUUAUCAUGUAUAAACAUAGCUGUUAAAUGUUGCUGAUAAAUGGUUUAGCUUUGAGUUUAGUCCGCAAACGGGUCACUGUGCACAUCAUCUCGUGUCUAGAUCAGGAACUACAAAAACGCCACCACUGAUAGAGAGGCUUUUCAGUGUUUUAUCAAUGCUGAUUUAAAUGCAUGCUCUGUGAUUUCUGAUCGAAAUAGUGGCAGCUUCAGCACCAGUGCGACAUCAUCAUCAUCAUCAUCAUCAUCAUCAUCAUCAUCAUCACAAAUGAGUGCAUUAAACCAAACAGGACUGCAACAGAACCAUUUUGUAAAGGAAAAAAAAAAUCGCUCUUUUAUGAGUCAUUACAUUGUGUCUGGUUUGAAUUGUUCGUGAAAUAAAAGGUGAAGGAAUGGGGGAAAGAA